UACGAGUCGAACCGAGUUGGCGGAACCAACCGGUUCGUCUUUCUUAAAGCCCUAAGCGAACCAAACCCCACCGGUGGCUCCUCCCUCUGGCCUGCGACUGCUCUCCUCGACAUCUCCCUCUCGUGCCUUGGCGAAGCGGCCGGCAACCUCCCGUUGUCCGAUCACUGCCUCUCUUCGAUCACCAACCGCCGCUCGAGCGCUACUUCUCUUCAAGCGCCUCGCAUCGAGAGAUGGCUUGGAGAGUUCUAAGGAAGAAGGGUACCAGUGCCAGCUUUUUGAAUGCAUUUUUAUCUACUCAUUCAAAAGAUGCGACACAUGUUAUCUAUGGUUCAUUUGGACAGAUACUAGAUUCUGAUGUUUUACCUAGAGUUGCUGCUGAUGCUAGUGUCCUAAGCAAUAACUUGACUAUCAGGAGUUUCCAUGCAAGUCGUAAUAUGUUGGCAUGGAGAAGAAAAGGGGAAGAUGCCCCUGGUCUAAAAGCUCCCAGAAAAGAGAAACAUGUGAGAAGAGAAACUAGGACUCAAGCACCUGUCGAAACACCUUAUGUACCUCCGAGACAGAAACCUUCAGCAAAGUCCUUCCAUGAUAAAACUGUGGAAAUUUUUGAAGGCAUGACAAUCCUUGAGCUUGCCAAGAGAACUGGUGCAAGUAUUGGUUCAUUGCAAGAGAUAAUGAAAAAUGUCGGUGAAAAAGUUGAUUCUGAAUUUGACCCUAUCAGUGUUGACGUUGCUGAGCUGGUUGCAAUGGAAGUAGGUGUCAAUGCUAGAAGGCUACACUCUGAUGAAGGUGCAGUUCUUCAACCGCGAGCACCUGUUGUGACAGUCAUGGGUCAUGUGGAUCAUGGCAAAACAUCCCUUUUGGAUGCAUUGCGCCAAACAUCUGUUGCCGCCAAGGAAGCUGGUGGGAUCACCCAGCACUUGGGUGCCUUUGUUGUAGACAUGCCAUCUGGAGCCUCAAUAACAUUCCUUGACACCCCAGGACAUGCUGCCUUUAGUGCAAUGCGUGCCAGAGGUGCUGCUGUUACAGAUAUUGUCGUGCUUGUAGUAGCAGCAGAUGAUGGUGUGAUGCCACAAACUCUUGAAGCUAUUUCCCAUGCAAAGGCAGCCAAUGUCCCGAUUGUGGUAGCUAUAAACAAGUGCGAUAAACCAUCAGCUGAUCCACAGAGGGUGAGAAUUCAGCUUGGAUCAGAGGGAUUACCCUUGGAGGAUUUAGGUGGUGAUGUACAAGUUGUUGAGGUCUCUGCUACUAGUAAAAUCGGAUUGGACAAGUUGGAGGAGGCUUUGCUACUUCAGGCUGAGAUGAUGGACCUGAAGGCUAGAAUUGAUGGGCCUGCUCAGGCUUAUGUAGUUGAAGCGAGGGUUGACAGGGGCAAGGGACCUUUGGCUACUGCAAUAGUCAAGUCUGGAACCUUAUUAUGUGGUCAACACAUUGUUGUUGGAGCAGCGUGGGGAAGAAUCAGGACUAUCAGGGAUAUGGUGGGAAGGGCAACUGAAUCAGGUCGACCUGCAAUGCCUGUUGAGAUAGAAGGACUGAAGGGUGUUCCAAUGGCUGGAGAUGAUGUCACUGUGGUGGGAUCAGAGGAGAGAGCACGGAUGCUUAGUGCUGGAAGGAAGAAGAAACUGGAGAAAGAUAGGCUUCACAAGGCCAGUGAAAUGACAACAGACAUUCCAGAUGCUUCAGAAGAGGUGCCAAAAAGGGUUGAAUUGCCUAUUAUUAUUAAAGCAGAUGUCCAAGGUACUGUUCAAGCAGUUACAGAUGCUGUGAGGAGUAUGAAUAAUGCACAGGUUUUUGUUAAUGUCAUUCAUGUUGGUGUUGGCCCCAUAUCCGAAUCAGAUAUUGAUUUGGCUGAAGCUUGUGGAGCAUGCAUUGUUGGGUUUAACAUACGGAAUCCUCCAACUGCCAUUACUCAUGCAGCAAACCAAGCUAAUAUAAAGAUAUGCCUGCAUCGGGUUAUAUACCAUCUCCUGGAGGAAAUCGGAAAGUACAUUAUUGAUAAGGCACCAGGCACUUUUGAGACUAAGGUCGCUGGAGAAGCUGAAGUGCUGAGCAUCUUCGAGCUCAAGGGAAGGAGCAAGUCCAAGGGUCCAGACGUCAAAAUUGCCGGAUGUCGUGUGGUUGAUGGUCGCUUCAUCAAGUCUUCAACAAUGAGGUUGUUGAGGAGUGGGGAAAUUGUUUUUGAGGGUUCAUGUGCAUCAUUAAAACGGGAGCAGCAGGACGUGGAAGCUGUCAGUAAGGGUAACGAAUGUGGACUGGUCAUUCAGGAUUGUGAUGACUUCCAGGUUGGCGAUAUCAUCCAGUGCCUGGAACAGGUUAACAAAAAGCCCAAGUUCGUUUCAACCGUCGGCGGUGCAGUCCGCAUAGAAUGCUGAUAAUUUGCACAUAGUGGAACGGUUGUAAUUUUGAUGGCCCUUUUCACUGAGGAGGUUCCAGCUGAAACUUACAGGUUUACUCAUUUUCCCCUGGGAGUCGCAGGAUGAUUAGCAGUGUAAUAUAUCUUGCUAAUUCUCAUCUCUUCUUUCUAUCUAGAAGUUCUAUACUAUACCAUCUUGGAGGAAUAGUGACGAUCACCAGCUGUUGUAGUUUAUUCCACUGCCAUCUUGAGGAAAUUGUGUAACGGACAAAACUAAAACAAUAAAUUAUCAGUCUUCCAGUUUUGGCCAA